AUGAGCUCUCCGACUGCGACUGAAGUCGCACGUACCGAAACACCCUCGGCCAUGGACGCGCCGGGCGCGACUGAGGCAUCGGUAUCUCGAGUCAAUCCGGGGCCGGGCUCCCCUGCGAGACCAUUGACACAUCACAGACGCCCGCACCGGCAACUUCACCCCGAAACCGAGGAUGACGAUGGCGAAGAUCAGGGCGAGGGUGCCGACCGGGAGGAGGGAGAGACUGUGACAGACACAGGCUCAGAAUAUGAAGAAGGAGAGGACGACGAUGAGGAGGAGGAGGAGGAGGAGGAGGAGGAGGAGGAGGAGCCGCAUCUGAAGUAUUCAUACUUGACCAAGCAGCUGGGAGGUGCCUAUCGGAAUGGGGACGCAACAAGUAGUUUCCUUGCUGUCGGGGAUAAGAUGGUACUUGGAACACAUAACGGGAAUAUUCAUGUCUUCUCCGUCCCUCUGUUUCGCUCUCUUCGCGUCUACCAUGCACAUUCGGCCACUGUCACUUCCAUAUCAAUCUCACCUUUUCCUCCACCGUUGCCGACUUUCAAGGAUGAGCUGGCUACUCGACUUGCUGAACACCAGGGCGCAGCCGCAAAACCAUCCUCCAGUUCUGGAAGCGUUCGGGGCCAAUCCAGACCGACUCCUCUUCCCGCGACUCCGUCCAACUCUAUCUACAUAGCCACUUCGUCGAUAGAUGGCAACGUAUGCGUCGCAUCAUUACUGGACACAAAGGAUGUUCUACUGCGAAAUUUCGGUCGACCGGUCCAGGCCGUUGCGCUGUCGCCAGAGUAUAAAAGCGAUCGGACAUUUAUAUCCGGCGGCCGUGCCGGCGAACUGAUUCUCACGACAGGUGGCAAGGUUGGCGUGAGCACAAACUCUACAACCAUGGGCGGCGCCGCUGCCACCGCCUCAAGUUGGCUAGGAACUCUGGGGCUCGGGGGCAACACCGGCAAGGACACCGUCUUACACAGCGGCGAAGGCGCUAUCAGCACAGUGAAAUGGUCACUGUCCGGAAAAUACGUUGCUUGGGUCAAUGAAGAAGGCAUCAAAAUCAUGCGAUCAAACCUGCAUUUUGACUCGGCGCAUGCGGAGCUUGCAUGGAAACGGGUCAGUCACACGGACCGCCCCAACCGUCAAGGAUGGGAGGAGAUGGCUAGUGUUUGGAAAGCUCGUGCUGAAUGGGUUGAUGAUUCCUUGUUGGAGAGCGAGCAUCUGCCAGGCGAUAAGGUAGAGGACGAGGCUUCGACGCCGACGCGGUCAACAAUAGUCAAAGAAAGACUGGAGAAACUGGUAGUCGGUUGGGGAGGCACUGUUUGGGUAAUCAACGUCUACCCCGAUCGGCCUAACAAGACCAACAGAGAUCUAAGGAUUGGUUCUGUGGAGGUCGCUACCAUACUACGGACGGAUUGCAUUAUAUCCGGAAUCUCACUCUAUUCGCCCAGUCACUUGGCCGUCCUAGCCUAUUUAGAAGCAGAGAAGGAACCGGCAGACGAGCAGGGCACCCGUCGUCGUCCACGCGGACAAGAGCCUGAGCUUCGUAUCAUUGACAUCGAAAGCAAAGAAGAACUCAGUGCUGAUACUUUGUCGAUCAGCCGUUACGAGAACCUGACAGCUUCAGACUACCAUCUUUGCGUUUUGCCGCCCUGGAAAACGAACGUACCGAUCUCUCAGCGCGGAGCGUUGGGGGCCCUUGGCACUGGCCUCUGGGAUGCUACUAUGUAUCCCGCGCGCUUAUUCAGUUCAGCCGCAAGCAUCCACAGUAGAGCGAGUAGUGGGGACAAAAUCUCUAGCAGAGCGCCAAGUACGUUUGCCUCACGGCGGCUGGGCCCAGAAGAACCUUUACCUACAGAAGUGCAGGAGGUCGCCGAAAGCUCAGGGCCCAAAAUAUUUGUACACAGCCCGUUUGACUGCGUGGCAGCUCUGAAGAGAGAUUUUGUGGACCGCCUCGCGUGGCUUACUGAGCACGAGAAAUAUGCUGAAGCCUGGAAACUUCUAGACGAACAUCCUGAGGCAGCAGGGUCUAGCGAAGGUGGUGAUAAUGUCUCGAUCAUACCCGGAAGGUCUCAGACUAGCCUCCUUGACCUAUUUGGUGAUGAUAGGUCUACCACCACGGCAACGGACCGUGAGGCUGUCACUGCUGCUGUGCAGGAGAAGCGCCGCAUUGGUGAGCUGUGGAUAGGACAGCUUAUUAGGGAUGAUCGAUGGCAGGAGGCUGCUGAAGUUUGCGUGCAAACAUUGAGUGCCACACCUAGGUGGGAACAUUGGGCCUGGACGUUCAUCAAGAAAGACAAAUUCGAUGAGAUCUCGUCCAUUAUCCCUGUCGCUCUACGUCCACCUAUGUCCUCACAAGUCUACGGAUCCAUCCUCGAGCAUUAUCUUACUCAAGACCGGCAACGAUUCAGCGAGCUUCUCGAUUCUUGGCCUUUUGACCUGUUUGAAAUCGACAGUCUGACGGCUUCAAUUGAGGGACAACUGGAAUCCAAGGAGCUGACCCCGGAGAUGGAAGAUGGGCGUAUACUAAUUAGAUGUCUAGCCAAAUUAUACCUUGCUGGCGGCCACUAUACCGAUGCGUUGCAUUGCUACAUCCGGAUACAGGACGCGGAUACAGCGAUUGCGUUGGUCAAGGACCAUCAUCUCCUCGGUUCACUUGCCGACGAUAUACCCGCAUUCAUCAAAAUUCGCGUGUCAAAGGAGCAGAUGAAAUCGGCAUCGAUCUCAGAACUUGCGGAGAUCACAGCUGAACCUAUCAAGCUGCUUGCGGGCGAGGCGCACACUGGCAUUGUUCCUCCUGAAACUAUCGUUAAGCAGCUGCAGGCUGUUGACAAACCCCUAUUCAUCUUCUUCUACCUACGAUCCCUUUGGCGUGGGGAAUCGCUGUCCCAUGAAGCUGAGAAACCCCGUCGAGGGCGUCACCGCCAGGAUGCAGCAACUAAACUAGCAGCUGAUGAAGGCAAGAACCUCGUGGAUCAGUUCGCGGACACGGCCGCAGACCUAUUUGCUCAGUAUGACCGGCCUCUGCUCAUGGAGUUUCUUCAGACCAGCACGUCGUAUUCAUUUGACCUAGCUGUGACUAUCUGCGAACAAUACCACUUCACCCCAGAGCUCAUCUACUUGUUGUCCAAAAUGGGACAAACAAAGCGGGCUUUGAACCUGAUUCUCUCCGACCUGAAAGACGUGUCGCAGGCUAUUGCGUUUGCAAAGUCCCAGAAUGAUCCAGAUCUCUGGGAGGACCUCGUCGACUACUCUAUGGAUAAGCCGCGUUUCAUCCACGGUCUGCUUGUCGAAGCCGGGACAUCUAUUGACCCUAUCAAACUUGUCCGGCGUAUACCCAGUGGACUGGAAAUCGAGGGCCUCAGAGAGGGUCUCACUGGCCUGCUAAGGGAGCACGACCUCCAGGCAAGCAUCAGUCAAGGAGCGGCCAAGGUCUUGCAGAGUGAAGUAGCGAUCGGGAUGAAUACUCUACGGAGCGGUCAACGCCGGGGAAUCAAGUUCAACAUCAUUGAGGAGUCUCCCAAGUCCGGGCAGGCAAAGCCCGGCGAGGCGAAGAGUGCAACCGAUUCCGAAAAAAUGGCAACGCCGUCACCGAAUCCAUCCAUGCCGCAAGCUGGAAGAUGCGCGGGCUGCCAUCGUCCUUUUCAUGCGAACGAGAAAGAAAUACUGGUCGCUUUCGCUUGCGGCCAUGCCUUCCACUUGUCUCACGUCCAUCAAUCCGAACCGUCGUCCCCAACAAGUACAACCGGGCUUGAGUCAGGCGCUCAGACGCCUCGCGCAUUCCCUCCACAUACUCCUAUCCUCGAGGAGCCGUCUACCACGUCCCGAACUGUUGGUCCUAAGGUUACAACAGCCCGGCUUUUGCGGGAUCGAAUCGGGGACGGAUGCCGGAUAUGUGCUUUGGCCAAGGAUUUAAAGGCCCUUGGAGAGUCAGAGUCUUUGGUCUUUUGA